AUGCCAGAUUAUCCGUCAUGGGUACCGAAUGAAAUUGCUGUCGGAUAUAUUGAGCAUGGUAUUCAGGCUUUGCUUUCCUGGCAACUGGAUGUUUUAAAUAAUCGAUCAUUGCAUGCUCCACAAUAUGGAAAUUUAAUAUUUUCCGCUCCAACAAGUUCCGGCAAAACGGUUGUUGCCGAACUAAUUGCCCUAAAUACUGUCCGACAAUUACGUUGCAAGGCAAUUUUCGUCUUUCCAUAUAUAUCUGUCGCCAAGGAAAAAUUUCUUUGUUUGCAGAAAAUAUGGCGAAAAGUUGAUCUUCGUGUCAGCGCAUUCAUCGGCUCACAUUCAUCACCAUUUCAAGCUUGGGAUGCAUCAGUUUGUACAAUCGAAAAAGCUAAUUCACUUUUAAAUCGUAUGAUUGCUGACAAAAGUAUAUUUGAUAUAGGUGUAUUGGUAAUCGAUGAAUUUCAUAUAUUAUUUGAUGGAAAUCGUGGACCAUUGGUGGAGCAAAUUAUUGGGAAAGCAUUGUACAUUUCUCGGUAUUUAAAUCAUCAAAUUCAAAUUAUCAGCUUAAGCGCUACAUUACCAAAUUUGGAUGAACUGGCUGAUUGGCUAAAUGCAGAAAAGUAUGAAACGCAAUUUCGUCCAGUACAGUUGCAUGAAAUGAUAAUGUGUGAUAAUGAGCUACGAGAUGUAAAUACAUUGCAGCAUAUUCGAACGGUAUCAAAUGAAUUUGUUGUUUCAAACGAUAUCGAAUAUGGAAUUAUUCACUUAUGUACGGAAUCUGUUAUGAAAGGCGAAUCGGUAUUGGUAUUUUGUAGCUCAAAAGCAGAAACAGAAAAGCUUGCCCUAGCUAUAUCGCAGCAUUUUGAAAAAUAUUUUAAAUCGAGCAAUAGUGAAAAUCUUAUUUCACCUUUUAAUAUACAAUCAUUGAAAACAGUUAAACACGCAUUUCAUCAUGAAAUACAAUUUGUAGAUGAUAUUUUACGAGAAACACUACCACAUGGAAUUGCAUUUCAUCAUGCUGGUUUAACCGUAGAAGAACGUGAAAGUAUUGAGAAUGCUUUCUGUGAUCAGUCAUUACGUAUAGUAUGCGCCACUUCAACUCUCAGUUCCGGAAUAAAUUUGCCAGCUCAUCGAGUAAUUAUCAAAACACAAUUGUGCGGACCCGUAGCUCUUAAUGGUUUGACAUAUAUGCAAAUGAUUGGUCGAGCUGGACGUUUGGGACAAACCGAAAAAGGUAAUAAUUUAGCUAAUUGUGGCAAACAUGAUUUAUACCAUAGGUGA